GAGGAGGAAGAGCGGAGCCUUCCCCUGGCGGCCGUGUGCGCGCUGUGCCUCGCUUCCCCCCCACCCCUCGCCGCCCUCCAUGGCGGGGCCGGUGGCGCGGCGGGGCCCGGGCUGCGGCUCGCUGCUGCUGCUGCUGCCGGCGCUGCUGGUGAGCUGGGCGGCCUGCCAGGCUCCGCCGGUGCCCGGCGUCGCCGCCGAGCCGCCCUGGGACGGGGCCGAUGUCAGCGUCGAGCGGCGCUUCGUGCCCGAGCGCUGCCCGCGGGCGGUGCGGCGGGGGGACUUCGUGCGCUACCACUACCUGGGCGCCUUCCCCGACGGCACCCGCUUCGACUCCAGCUAUGACAGGGGAUCCACAUUCAACGUGUUUGUGGGGAAAGGCCAGCUCAUUGCUGGGAUGGACAAAGCCCUGGUUGGCAUGUGCGUGAACGAGCGGCGAUUUGUGAAAAUUCCCCCCAAGCUCGCCUAUGGGAACGAAGGCGUGUCUGGUGUGAUACCCCCCAAUGCCGUGCUCCAUUUCGAUGUGCUUCUGAUCGAUCUGUGGAAUUCGGAGGACGAAGUGCAGGUUCAGACUUACUUCAAACCCGAGAAGUGCACUCGGACAGUGCAGGUGUCUGACUUCGUGCGAUACCAUUACAAUGGGACAUUCUUAGAUGGGACCCUCUUUGAUUCGAGCCAUAAUCGGAUGAGAACUUACGAUACUUAUGUGGGAAUUGGAUGGCUGAUUCCUGGUAUGGACCAGGGUCUCUUGGGAAUGUGUGUGGGAGAGAAGCGCAUCAUCACGAUACCACCUUUCCUGGCAUAUGGAGAAGAAGGAGAUGGUAAGGAGAUCCCUGGCCAAGCUUCACUAGUCUUUGAUGUGGUUUUGCUAGAUCUCCAUAAUCCCAAGGACGGUAUUACUAUUGAGAACCAGCAGGUACCUGAAUCUUGUGAGCGGAGAAGCCAAACAGGAGACUUCCUCCGAUACCAUUACAAUGGCACACUUUUGGAUGGCACGUUGUUUGAUUCCAGCUACUCGCGAAAUCGUACAUAUGACACCUAUGUCGGGAAGGGUUACGUGAUCGCUGGGAUGGAUGAAGGUUUGCUAGGUGUGUGCACUGGUGAGAAGAGAAGAAUAAUAAUUCCUCCUCAUCUUGGGUAUGGAGAAGAAGGAAGAGGAAAGAUUCCAGGAUCUGCAGUGCUGGUCUUUGACAUACACGUGGUUGACUUCCACAACCCCUCAGACUCGGUCAGCAUUACUGUCAACUACAAACCUUCCAACUGCACCGUGUUGAGUAAGAAAGGAGAUUACCUGAAGUAUCACUACAACGCUUCACUCCUGGAUGGUACUUUGCUAGACUCAACACACAGUCUAGGCAAGACCUACAAUAUAGUCCUGGGAUCUGGACAGGUGGUGGUGGGGAUGGACAUGGGCCUUCAAGAUAUGUGUGUCGGAGAACGACGCACCGUCAUUAUUCCACCUCACCUUGGUUAUGGGGAAGAUGGAGUGGAAGGAGAAGUGCCUGGUAGUGCCGUGUUAGUUUUUGAUAUUGAACUGCUGGAGCUGGUGUCUGGCUUGCCUGAAGGAUACAUGUUUGUAUGGAACGGUGAAGUGUCUCCCAAUCUGUUUGAAGAAAUAGACCAGAAUCACGAUGGAGAGGUUCUUUUAGAGGAGUUUUCAGAAUACAUUCAAGCUCAAGUUGAUUCUGGCAAAGGAAAACUAGCUCCUGGUUUUGAUUUUGAAAAGAUCGUUAAAAAUAUGUUUACCAAUCAGGACCGGGAUGGAAAUGGUAAAGUUACUGCUGAAGAAUUCAAGUUGAAAGACCAGGAGGCCAAAGAGGAACAUGAUGAACUGUAAAGCUAUGAAGAGCAAAGAGCACUGAGCUGACCUACUCCUAGGAUGCGUGUACUGGAAAGGGUUUAAGCAAGCAUGUUUUUGAAAGGUUAGCACUCAGCCUGUGUGUGCCCAUGCACAUACGCUGGGUAGACUAUUAAAACAGGAAGAGAUUUUCAGUUGGAAUUGUCAGGUGUAUUUAAAAAUAAAAAGCAGUGGUAAGUGCCUUAAGACAGGAAGCAUGAACUGGUAGAGAGUGUACUGCCAGACACGGCAUCAUGAAGCAUGUGGUCUGUUUUUGUACUGAAGUUCAGAAGUCAUCAUUGAACACUACGCAGUCACUUGGAUGGGUGGCAGGGAGAAAACUACAGAGUGCUUUUAAAAGAGUUUUAAGAAACCUUCUGUAUCUGAAGUAUUUCUGCAGCAGAACAAACCAGAAAAUAUCACCCAUGAAAAUAACCUGUCAAAAUUGUCAGCAGUUGAUCCCAAUUCCUUUCAGAAGGCAUGAGCACUCUUUCCAGUAAUGGAAAUUUUUGAGGAAUAUUUGCCAGCAGGAACCCUUGAUUUACAAAUAGCAGAAUGUGUAAAUAAUAGCCAUGCCAUUGCAAAAUUACCAUAAGCUGUAAAUUAAACAGGCCUGGAAUUGUAACCAUGUAUGCGUUGGGUUUUUACUUUAUGAAAUGAGUUUGCUACCAUCUGUAUAUAUUCAAUUAGUAACCUUGACUCUUGCUGGCCUGUUAAAAUAGUGUUUUUUUAGAUCAGUGAUUCCCAAACCUUUAUAGUUGCUACCUUAUUUAUAGUUUUCUUAGACUUUACAUAUUAAUAUUACAGGGUCCAAAUACUGUCAUAAAUACUGGAUACAAUUGAUUUUGCGUUGGGCUUCUGUCUCCUAUUUUGGGAAUUGUUAGACUAAGGAGCUACUUAGAGCUUAUGCAGCAAAGCAGUCUGGCAUGGUGAACAAACAAAAAGACAGUGAUAAAAUCAAGAAGCAGACCCAGCUGUUUACACCUGCGAAUGUUCUGGCAUAUCCCUCAAUACAAAAUGAGUCCUGGGAGUGCUGUUUAGAUUACGUGAACUCUUGAUAAAAUCACCCAUUAAAUCUAUAAAUGUAGCAAGCUGUUUAAUAGAAAAAUAUGCUAAAUAGACAUGUUUCCGGAAAGCUGUAUGUUCCCCCCUCAGUACACUACAUGUAAAGAGCACAAAUACGCAUAGAGCAAUACUGUCAAAGACAAGUAGAAAGGGAGUUGUGUUUCCUUAUAUGCUUUGUGUCUAGUUUCUUGCUUUCCUUCAUCUGUACAUGUGGGUUGUAAACUCCCUGAGAUGCUCUUUAAAAACUGAUACUUCAGUUGAGUGAAAACAUUUUGUACUGGAUUUUAAUACAGUUGUUAUAGAAAAUGCAGAAAACUAUUUUUUGGGUUUGAUACCAUUAAAUGUUGGAUAACUGAUCUUUUUGUUAAAUAAAAUGUUGAUCAAUUACA